AUGUUGAAGAGUGAUCAGUAUCAACACGUCUACGUCCUCGUUCUCGGCGUAUGGACUGUCAUUAGUUGCAUUAGUCCCGUAAAUAAUGCAGCCCGUAUAUGCCUCAAGAACGAGUACAGACAUGUAUUCAUAUCCCGGAAAUUCGGUCUGAAGCAUGGAUUCAUCCCUCUCGAUGUUUCUCCGGGACAUCACGGAUAUGAGGGUUUGAUCGCAUUUCGACUUUGGUAUUCUCUCCGAUGA